GUUUCAUUUCUAAUUGCCAACGAAAGGCCCGUGGUGAGCCCAUCGAAAUUCUAAAGAGAAUGCCGAAUCAUUUGAAGGAAACAGCAAUUCCAUCGGUCAUGACGCCUUUGAAACAAGAAGAAUACCGACGUGCCGAAAACAUUCUCUUCAGGACAGCUCAGUGCGACGCUUUUGGAGACGAAAUCAAGAUUCUGAAGAAAAAUCAGGAUAUGGAACCAUCACGAUGGUUUGCCAUUGAGAAGACCAGCCCGCUCUAUAAGCUGACUCCACUCUUGGAUGACGAACAGGUGUUGCGAAUGGAAGGACGUUGCGAUAGGGCCGAACUUCUACCGUUCGAUAUGCGGUUCCCAAUAAUCCUACCAAAAAACUGUAGUGUGACCCAACUUAUAGUACGACAUUACCAUGAAGCGUACGGACAUGCAUUCAGAGAAACGGUGAAGAACGAGAUAAAGCAACGGUUCUUCGUCUUCAGCCUGAGUUCGGUAGUAGCGAAGGUUGAACAAAACUGCAUCUGGUGCAAGGUGCAUAAGAACCGUCCCAAGUGUCCUAGAAUGGCUUCGCUUCCAGUUCAACGGUUGACACCCUAUCAGCGACCGUUUACGUUUGUCGGUAUCGACUACCUUGGGCCAGUGCAAGUGUCCGUUGGACGGCGAAUAGAAAAAAGGUGGAUCGUCUUAUUCACCUGUCUGGUCGUACGAGCCGUCCACCUGGAGGUGGCCCAUAAUCUUACCGCUCAAUCAUGCGCUAUGGCGAUCCGACGAUUCAACACACGAUGGGGACCAGCCGCUGAAUAUUUCUCAGACAACGGCACCAACCUCAAGGCCGCAAGCAAGGAGUUUACUCAGCAAGUACAGGAGAUAGGAUACGAAUGCGCCGAUCAAUUUUCUAGUGCUCGGUCCAAGUGGCAUUUUAACCCACCAGCUACGCCCCAUAUGGGGGGAAUAUGGGAGCGUAUGGUAAGAACUGUGAAAAGUGUCAUGGAAGUGCUUAACGACGGACGCAAAUUAACGGAUGAGAUCCUCCUAACAAGCAUAGCGGAAACUGCGGACAUGAUCAACAGUCGUCCAUUAGUCUACGCCUCAUCAGGAUCGCUCCAGGAGUCAAUCACCCCAAACCACUUUAUUCGAGGAAUAGCUGCUAACGAACCACAGGAAGUCCUGCCACCUACGAAUCCUGCGCUAGCACUUCGUGAUGCUUACCAGCGUUCAGUGGAGCUUGCAAACAAUUCGUGGGAACGCUGGAUAAAGGAAUACGUUCCUAACAUCAAUCGUCGCACCAAAUGGUUCGACGAAUCAACGCCUUUGAAGAAGGGAGACCUAGUUUACGUCGUAGAUGGAAACCGGCGUAAGGCAUGGAUCAGGGGAAUUGUUGAACAACCAAUCGUAUCGAGUGAUGGAAGAAUUCGCCAAGCCUUUGUUAGACCAACAACGGGGUGCUCAGGCGGGCUGCCGCUAACUUAGCGGUUCUUGAGAUUACUGAAGGUAACGCUGCUCCGGAUGACGAUUCCGGAACAGGAUUACGAGCCGGGGAUGUGUUCGGAAGAUCGGGAGAUUCCUGUAUCGCCGAGCAGAACGGCAGCCCUGCGGAAGAGAUGGAAUGAACCUGCUGCAGUCGCUGUCAGAUGUGACAGACGUCAGAAUCGUGAGUAUGUGUGAAAAUAAGAAGAACAUCUAGAACACGAUUAUCGAAGAAACACGUUCUAAACUAAAAUCCUAAAAUUAAUUUCAAUUUUCUAAUUAUUCUACCUAAAAAUUCGUAGUUUGUUAUACCUAAAGUGCAGUAUUCACAGUGAGAGAACUGCCAAGAUUAUCCAUGCUAAAUUUGAUAACCUACGUCGACAUACUACUGAAUUUGAUAACCUAUUGUUGACCUUAAAGGUUUAAUACUAAGUAAGUAAUAUAAUGUGAGAUCUAUUUGCCCUACAAUUCGCUAAUUGAAACCUAAAUGUAGCGGUGACUCAAGCACCUACCGAUAACCGCAGAAGAUUACUCCCGGUAGAACCUCCUACUAGCUUGCACGCGAGGGUGAAGAAAAACCUAUUGUAAGUUGCAGUAAAAAUGUAUGAACUUAUGAUCUACUCAAAAACUAAUAAUAAAACUAUUUCAGCUUUAAGCUGUCUAAACCGGACCGCUAAAAGGAGGUUGCAGUUCUAAAAAUCCGAACAACUGCCCUGGCCGAAAACAGCCCCUCUUCAAACACCAACAGUCGUAACGAAAAUCAAAUGACACGAAUAAAUCAAUAAAAUUUCAUUUUUUUCUUUUAGGUAAUCGUUUAAAAUUACAUUAACAAACUUUCA